GUCAGUCCGGGCUGGCCGCGCGACGCCCUGCGACGCCCGCGUCGCGACGCUGCUACGCGCCUCCGGUCGGUGCGUCGGCAAGGUUCACGACUUCGGCCAGCUGCUUCUCGCCGCUUAGUUGCCGGCCGCCUCGCCAGGUACUUCCUUUGGCCGGACGCGUUUCUAAGAGGAAACAUCAAGAAUAGUUCCAGGAUGAGCAAUUAUUUGGUUUCCGGCUUGACUUCUGAUCAGAGAUGAAUAAUUAGCAGCGAGUGAUUAACAUUCCAUCAUACAACUCACAUCUUGAAGGCAUCCUGGCUUGACUUUCUGCCCGAGAUGAACGACUGACGGCUGGCAGUUAUCAGUCAACAAUUCUAUUCAAAUCUAUAAGGAGGCGGUGUCGCGAUGACUGUGGGGGUGGCGCCGUGAUGGCGGGGGCGGUGGUGCGCCAGCUGCUGCUGCUGGCGGCGGCGGCGGCGGCCGCGGCGGCACCGGACCCCAACCCAAACCCCAAACCAAACCCAAACCCAAACCCAAACCCAAACCCGAACCCGAACCCCGACCCCAACCCUGGGCCGGCGCCUGGACCCGCCGCCGUGGCGCCGACGGCAGCCCCCGUAGAGUGCGAGGACCGCGAGCUGCGCGGCGCCCACGUGGAGGCGGGCAGUGGGGGAGGCGGGGGAGGCGUCGCGACGGCCGCCUUCUGGAGCUGCGCCGCCGACGCCUGGCUCGCCGGCUUCUCCGGAUCGGACGGCGGCCUGGUGUUCCUGCCCCUCGAGGUGGCCGCCUGCAACCACAGCCUGGUGCUGCUCCCGGCGGGCAGGACGUGCACUCGCCACCACGCACAGUGCGAACGCGCGUCGGCGGACAACUACACGUGCUGGUGUGUGGGGGCGGGCGACGCUGUGGCGGCUGGAGCGGGGGCGGCGGUCGCCUCCUGGAACUUCCGGCGCGCGGAGCUGGAGGAGGCGCUGCUGCAUGCCGCCAACAACCUCACGCUGCUCAGGUGUCCCGGGUGCGCCGAGCCGUGGUGCGGCGCUGCUGGCGAGGACGUAGACGCGCCCUGGGGCGCGGUGCGGCACGCCGUGCUCGCCGUCCAACUGCUCUGCAUGUUCGCCGCCGUCUCGCUCGCCUGGGUCGUCUUCCGGCAGCGCAAGUGCAAGACGAUAGCUGCCGGCAUGUGGACCAUUCUGGAAACCAUACUACUCGGAGAGUUCCUGUUGUACGCCACGGUGCCGGUGCAGCUGCUGGCGCCGUCCGUGGCGCGCUGUCUGCUGGAGGCCUGGCUGCGCGAGAUCGGCUUCGUCGUCUGCUACGGCGCCAUCAUCCUCAAGCUCUACAGGAUCCUGAUCGAGUUCCGGACGCGCAAGGCUCACCGCUGGGUGGUGCGCGACAAGGACCUGCUCAAGUACCUGUCCGGCAUGGUGGUGGUGGCGCACGGCUACAUGGCCGCCUGGACCGCCUCCACGCUCAACUUCCUGGCCGACGGGCACGAGCUGGUGGCCCGGGGCCGCACGCCCGACGGCCGACACUUCCUCACCUGCCGCGCCCUCUGGUGGGACUACGUCACCGAGGCCGGUGAGCUGCUGAUGGUGGCGUUCGGGCUGCACCUGGGCUUCGCGUCUCGCAACGCGGCGUCGCCGUACGAGGAGCGGCGCUGGCUGUGCGCGGCGCUCUGCAUCGAGCUGGUGGGGUCGGCCGCCUUCUACGCGGCGCGCGCCGCCCUCUGGAGCCAGCUGGAGCCGCGCGCCUUCCUGCUGCUCAGCCUCGCGCGCUCCCAGCUCACCGGCACCGGCUGUCUGCUCUGCGUCUUCCUGCCCAAGCUGUGGUACGAGCAGCGGCGGUCGGCGAGCCGCGGGCAGUGCCUGGCGCAGGAGCUGUCGGCGCGCCUGCCGCUCGACGCCUUCCGGCCGGUGGACGGCGUCCCCACCGACGCCGACCUGGCCGAGAUCAACCUGGCCGACAUGAACCCCGACGACAUCCGGGCGGAGCUGAAGCGGCUGUACACGCAGCUGGAGAUCCUGAAGAACAAGACGAUCCGCGCCGACAACCCGCACAUCUCCAAACGGCGCGGCGGCCGCAAGGUGGCUCACAGGCGCUUCUCCUUGCAGAAGAAGGGAAGUCGCGAGAAGGCGCUGCACCACCGCCAGCAGAGCCAGCAGCAGCAGGCGGCCGCGGCGGGCGACGCCUCCUCGGGGGCGGCGGGCGGCCAGGCGUCGUCGUCUUCGCGGCAGACGCGCUGGAUGCCGGGGCGCCAGGACGCCACCGAAACGGAGGUGUCGCGCACGCCCGAGGACUCGGUCUGCAGCAACGAGGGACCCAGCGCCGUCUACGCAGAGCUCGACCGCGACCUCCGGCCCUGAGGGUUCAGCCCCUCGCCCCGGAGGCCACCGCGCCGCGAGUGGUUCUGACGAGGCGGGGGGACCACCAGCCCCGCGAGGGGACCCACCUGCGAAGAAGGCCUGCGCGCUGCCGCGAGGCAGAGCUCAUCCGACGUCGCCCUCUACCACUGUUCCUGGAGUGCUCCCGGGUGUACUCGGCUGUCACCAGUUUCUCCGUUACGAUCUCCCGUGUCGUUUCCAGAUUCUUCGUGCGUGUUUGACAUAAAAGCGAUUCCAGUCAGCGAUCUUCAACAGCGUACCUGUUUAUCAGCCCCACCGACAGGUGGCAGCCCUGCUUUGUGACGGGAUCACUGCUCAAACCACUUCGGAAUAUGAACAAGCGAAUGACUCCGUGUCAUUCACGACGACAACUAGAAGCCCUCCAACACGUACUUGGUGAUUCGCCUUUACAUCAGACUUCAGACAUCAAAUGGUGGAGAACACGAUGUACAACUCCCACUAACGAUGUGAGUAACAGACUCAGACAGAUGAACAGCUAAUCCUAUGAGAGUCUCCAGCACUGUCUCCGAGCUGUCUUCUGCUUGUGAAUCACACCAUACCUUUCAUCGUGUUGGAAUUGUCAACGGACCUUCAGGCAUUGUUUCGCUUCAAAGGUAUUUCAUUGAGAACGGGUAUUUAUUACCUGACCACACGUAUGCUCUAGUCAACUCGUGGUGUUAAAGUAACGAAGGGCCUACAGAAGUAAAAUUUUUGCCUGUUGUCCUCGAAGUACCGUUGCCCAACUGGAUAAAUGCACGACGUUACCAUUCUCAGCAGGUCUACCACAACGCCUUCACUUUUUCUUCAUGAAUACUUACGGUGAAGUCUCAGCUGCCACUCAUAUUUAUUGAUAUCUUUAUAAGGGGCUAUCCUAACAUCCACAGAACGAUAGCCAAGAAGCAUCAUUGCAGCACCUGGAAGAUUGUUUCACCACUAGACUCCUCAACCUACAAGCUGAGUCAACGUUCGCCAGUCUGUAUGUCGGUGCUUUAGUAUCUCUAUCGAUGCAGCACAGUCUUUCCUGUAGCAGAUCAACGUUCCCAGUCUCCCCUACGACUCCUGACAGUAAAAAUCUGUUAUAAAAUGAAUGUAUAACUCACCGCAGCAGCGUCAAGAAUCACACAUAUGUCGGAUGAAAUUCUACGUUACAAAAUUUUUCUUCCGUUCUCUAUACGACAUCGGUAUCUGGAAAUGAUACGCAGACAUGUCUAAUGUUACAAACUAUUUUCUGAACAUUGGACACCUGUAAUAGUGUACUCUCGGACAGUGACACCUAUAAGAUAGGCAAACAUUGCCUGAAUCCAGGACUAAAUUUGUGGCAGUGUCCUAAACUCUUAGCGAGCAUAUAAGAAUGAUGGAAUUCCAACAACUAAGCUCACGCUAAAGUCGACUAGAGAUUUUAUCUCAUUUGAUGAGUCGUAGUGACUAACCGUGUAAAGACGACAAAGAGAACUGUUUGGCGGAAAGAUUUAUAGAGUUCACUAAUACACCUUGACACUGAAUCACCGUGUUCUAAUAGAAUUUUGCUAUAUAGCGAUUUUCCAACAGCCUCUAACAUCCAAAUGUCCAACCUGGCCUCACAUUUGUUUGCGAAGAUGCUGGCCCAGAGAUAGGCUGCAAGCCGUCAUGCUGAUUGGAGUUUUGAUCAAAAAGUACCAACAUCACAAAAGGGUAUGAGAAUUACUGUUUCGAAGGCGGUAAUCACGUAUCCUCUCAGUCAUCGCCGUUGUGUUUUGGAGGCCAGUGACAUCUAUGACAUCAUUCGCAUCAGCUCUGGAAAUGUUAUUUGUAAGAUCGGUGCACAAAAUUUUAUUCGCUUGCAUUUCGGUAUCCUCGUCGGAAGAGUUUGGAACCCUUACUUCAUUCGGAGCUGUUGCUACGACUGCACUGUUUCUGCAAAUGCUCCAGGACCUCAUCUACUGAGCGGAUAGACCAUCCACCAGAGAGUUUUGUUCCUUCGGGCACACUCGGGCAAGCCUGCAGCUCUGGGUGUGCUUCCAGAACAAAAUUUAAAAAGCAAAAAAUGAAACUGACCAAUACACCCACUUUUUCCUCCACUGCGACACGUCUGAUACCAUAUCAUUAAGUUUACCUCACCUGGCACAGUGAGCUUUAGAUAUGCUCACAAAAGAAUACGAACAAGCCAGCCACGUCAACUGUGAAGUUCCGAGCUCUGCGUACUAAUACUGUUUCCUCGAGAACUUCUUGGUCAAUGAACAAUUAACAAAAAGAAAUUAAAAGUGGUUACAAAGUACGCAAAGUGUUUCUGUACUCCUCACGUGUCUCGAACACUUAUUAUCGAUGUCUUAGAUAAGUGUGCGUUUAGAAGUAGACGCUUAGCAAGGGAAGCAAAGAAGAAUCAGAUGCUCUACUAGAAUCCUGUGCAUUUUACGAUGACAUAGUUAGUAUCACGCUGUGCAGCUUUUAUAGUGUAGCCACUCCCUAUGAACCAGUACGUCUAAGACGUCUCUUUGUCAGCACUCGCUAUACGAUUUUGGAACUGUGAAAUACAAAUACAGAGGGACCACUGUUUUAGACGCAGAGUGAAAGCAGUGUGAGCGAAACAGCCAAGUAAAAGCGCAGCACAUUUUGCUCCUCCUCACUGCGCAAGGAACACCGGCAUAAACGGAUUAGGAAACCUCUGCGAUUCACUCUGUCACCACUGCUCACGAUAUACGUAUUUCAGAAACAUUUGUUAAGCUAUUUCAAAGAUACCAUAUGUGGAACGAGACAAGAGAAGCUUUUGUAGAGUAAAAAUAUAUAUAUAUAUUAGCUGGCUACUAGAUGAAAAAUUGUGCCAGAUUCGCUUCGAGCUGUUUCUGUUUUGUUACUGAAUCUAUUUUUGAAACGGGUGUUUAUCGGCAACCAUUGUUUUGGCCAGCAGUGGGCGGCUUGCAUCAGAGCUUCUUUAGUGGCAUUUUUACGUCAACGAUAGGCGGUGCCCCCUCCACAGGAGACACUUUUAGGGAGAGAGAGAGAGAGAGAGAGAGAGAGAGAGAGAGAGGGCGGCUCCUUCGAGAGCUUGUCGGCUGCCAGCAGUUUGUGAUUGCGUAGACGCCAAAGAUUACGCUUGAGCGAGAGUUAAUCAGCAGACCCUAAUUAACGCCAUAUACUACUCAUUACGUAUCUCAUCCCCAAUGUGAUAACGCCGAGCUUAUACAUGUGUAAAUGUUUCAUGUCAUGGAAGGCAUCAGCUCAUACGCAUGUACAUAUCGGACAGGACAGCUUCACUCACACCCAUUCUUCCAAACUACGCCCCCCCCCCCCACGUCUACCCCUCCAGUACGAUACCGCUUCUUGUCAGGACAAGCUGAGACACGUCUCAUUAUUGCUUUACGUCUGUAGGAAAGGUUCUUCUCCUUGAGCUAUGUGAAAUAUUAGAUAUUCAGACUUCUGUGGUCGACAAUAACGGUUAUAAGAUAAGGACGAAAAAUCAGACGCAUCAACAUGCUAGAGUAGGUCCAUCACGAAAUCGCUUGAAACAUUUGGCUAUCGUCAGAUUUCUAGCACUGUGCAGUAGAGGUGGAGUAACCAGGGGGCAUUAAUAAAAGACUUGAUUUCUUUCCGCGAUAGACAGAAAUGCCUGUAGAGCAGUAACCUGUGUGAAGAGGACCUUACUGUCAACCCGGACAUCACUUUUCUAAGGCCUCGCACUUCUCAGAGGGACUCGAAAAACUCGCGUUUGAAUAUUUGAAGAGUCUCGAACUGUGGAAAAUACAAAACGUCGAUCUGACACUGCGAAAUUAUGCAGCAAGGAACCCAAGAAGAUUCUAUGGUAUUGAUGUACCACAACAACUCUCCUAGACACAUGAAGCAUUUCAUCAGAUUUUCCCAUUUUUCCCUUUUUUAUUAUUAGCUGAAAAGGACCUGCACCACUUGGUUUUUGUGGUCAUUUGUUUUUGCUUCUGGCUCCUCAUCUGUUUCAUUUCUUCACUGCUCCUUCUGUUUUACUCUUUUCAAAUCACCACUAGCAAGAUCUCUUCUUUUACGUUUAAUACAGUGCUCAUUAUCUAAAACAAUUUACCUUCACUCCAGUUUAUUUCGCUCUCUACCAUUCUCACUUCUCCUUGGUCGCUAGACACAUUUGGUUAUGGGCAGAUUUCUAGCACUGUACAGCAUACUGGUGCAUGCGCCUCGCUAUCAUCUAUAUAAACACUUCUGAGAUGAAAUGUAUACUCACCGCAACAGGAUAUGGAAUACACUAGAGCGUUCUGGAACAUUGUAGAACAUUCUGAAACAUUCUAGAGCAUUUUAAAAAGUGUUCGAUCGUUCUCCAAGGAACGUUUUGGCCUAUGUUGGUCACUUCAGCACUCGAGUCCCACCUGCUUCACCAGUUUCUGAUAAUAAAUUCAUUGUUGCAAUGUUGUCUUUUGACACCCGUAUCCUUCUACCCAGUCCCUGCAGUUACAAACCGAAACCUUCUUCAUGGACUGGGGAUGAAGGGUUACCACACCAUAUAAACCUCUAGGCGUGACGGGGUAGAGGCUUGCGUGGAUAAACCAUAUUUGUACGUAUUACAUAUAUUGAUGACCGACUCAAAACCUAAAUCCAUAAUAUCUUCACUUUCACUAGAAGAAAAGCGCCUGACGAUCCUUUGAAUGUAUGUGUAUCAGUGUUUUUGAGUACAUCCAGUAACCUGGUGGCACAGUCAUGACACUAAACGUAGGUAUUAGGAUCAUUAGCCACUGUUAGUGUUUUGCUUGGGAGCAAGGUUGUUUUUUAGGAAUAGUUAUGGUUCCCACUGCUCUACUUCACCAAGUGCUACAGAACUCGCUAAACCUCUAACGGUAGGACCAGGCUCGGCUGCAGUUCACACAUUCAGUCUCUAUAGUGACUCUUGACUCCUACAGUCUCUUGUGUGACUGGGUUAUUACCACCACGUGGACGUGGCAGAUGCUGUCCGUGAUACUACCCAACAUUUGCAACCAUCUGUUUGUAGAUAAUUGUCACCAUAUCCUGGAAACCCAAUUCUCCAAGAUGUUUCAUUGUGUCCACGAGAUUGUUUUGACUGACAAUCACGAAUCUCCGUUCUGCUAGUUACAGCCCCAUCCUCGUCCCCCCCCCCCCCCCUCCACUCCACUCCAAGCACUACCCACUUCCUCUAACCUCGGCCCGCUCACUUACUGUUAGGAGAGUAGCGUUGACGAACCGUGGUUUAACUUGCACCUUGUUCCUCUUAUCUGAUAUUUAGAAAGAAAUUCAUUAGUUGACUCUAGGGACACUGUCCUUGCCUUGGAGACCUCAUAAUAUUACUUCUAGCGCCCGCCAUUGGUCUCUUGACAGUUUAGGACACAAUCAUCAUCAGCCCUUUGAAGAAAAGUGAAAUUGGACGCACAGUGCAAAUAACCCUUAGAACUCCCAUUAGUAUUCAGUAGUACACCAUCGUUAACUGUACAAAAUUUGUGACAAAGGUCGAAGACAGCUGAUCUCUUACAACUUCGGGUAAGAUGUAGAACACCAUUGUCGGAGAAAUUUACGCCACGUUUUCACAAUUGCAUGCACUACGUGUGGUAGGAUCACAGUCAAUGAGACGAGCGAGUCUAAUUAGCAGCCAAAGGGGCCGACACAGGCAACGAAGAAGGAUAUUCUCAUUUAAAAAUAGCGGAGCACUUAAACUGCCUCAACGACGGUCUUGUUGAGGGAAGCUUGUCCCGGCAGUGCGGUAUCGCCGCAACCACACAGCACGAUCAAACCACAAGUAAAACCUAUCUUGCACCCACACAUAAAUUUCACAACUCGGUCCCAAAACCUAUACUUCCUUUCUGUUGCCUCCUUCCACUCAUUUUCCACCUUUUAUCUUUCUCUGUCUGUCUAUCAGCGCCCACCUACGAUUUUAAAUACACUCAUAGCCUUUUGUAUAUACUCCUUUCUCAUUCAACUUGUCCAUUCAAAGAUGUUUUGUAUGUCAAAGAGAAAUUUUAAAUAAAAUGUUUUAUGUUGAAGAUAUAUAAAUGUAUGUACAAGAAAAAAAUAUAUAUAUACAUAUAUAUAUUCACAGAAAAUAUGUAUAUCACUAUUAAAUAUCGGUAAA